AUGGCUGCCACAAAACACGCCCUCGCAGAGGACGAGUCGGUACGUCCCAGCAAAAAGACCAAGAUUCACGAUGGCAACGACGCAUCCGAAGCGCGGAUAAAGAAGGAGAAGAAGGAGAAGAAGGUGGAGAAGGACAAGAAGGACAAGAAGGAAAAGAAGGGCAAAUCAGAAAAGGCCGACGUCGUCACUGACGAUGCAAAGGACAGGGACCUUGAGAUACAGCGCAAAGCCGAAAAGAAGGCCAAGAAGAAGGAGAAGAAGGAAAGAAAGCUGAAGGAGGCGCAAGAAUUACAAGAGAAUGUUCCGACCAAAGCGCCCGCCGAGGAAUCGAGCGAGGCCGAGAAGAACGAGAAAGACCUGAGUAGUGAAAGGGCACCCAUCUCUGGGUCAUAUGUCCAAACAAUCAGCCUAUCCAAUGUUCCCCAAGACGAUGUCGAUACCUUCAUGUCGACGAACCAGAUUACUAUUACCGAUCCUAGGGGCGAGACAUCAUCCCUUCGGCCAGUCAUUGAAUUCCACCACCUUCCCUCGACGAACUUGCUCGAGAAGACCCCGUCGCCCUUUGCAAACUUCAAGGCUCCCACCCCCAUCCAGGCUGCGUCCUGGCCCUCCACGCUGUCCGGCCGAGAUGUUGUCGGCGUUGCAGAGACGGGCUCCGGCAAGACUAUGGCAUUUGCUUUGCCUUGCGUCGAGUCCGUUUCCGCCAUUGGCAAAAAGGGUACCAAGGCAGUCGUUAUCUCGCCUACCCGUGAGCUAGCUAUGCAGACGCAUACGCAGCUGGCUUCCUUGGCCGCAUUGGCCAAGUUGAAGUGCGUUUGCUUGUACGGAGGCUCAUCAAAGGACGAACAACGGGCAAUGGUAAAUCGAGGUGCCGACAUUAUUGUGGCCACUCCUGGCCGCUUGAAAGACUUCAUGUCUGAUGGUACAGUCGAUUUGAGUGACUGUCAAUUCGCCGUUCUGGACGAGGCUGAUCGCAUGCUCGACAAGGGUUUCGAGGACGACAUCAAACAAAUUCUGGGUGCUUGCCUCGCCCGGGAGAGGAGACAGACCCUCAUGUUUACUGCCACCUGGCCGCAGUCGGUUCAAGCUUUGGCUUCUACUUUCAUGGUUGACCCCGUCAAAAUCACCAUUGGUUCAGGUGGCAAAGAAACCGAGAAUGGCUCUGUAGAGCUGCAAGCCAACACCCGAAUUACCCAAAAAGUGGAAGUCGUUGACCCCAAGGACAAGGAGUUUCGCUUGCUCCAGAUUUUGAAACAGCAUCAGCAGGGCAAGCAGAAGAACGACCGUAUCCUGGUUUUUUGCCUGUACAAGAAGGAAGCUACUCGUGUAGAAAACUUCCUCAGCCGCAAGGGCAUUCGAGUUGGUGGCAUACAUGGUGAUUUGAAGCAAGAGCAGCGAACACGAAGCUUGGAAGCCUUCAAGACUGGCCAGACCCCUGUGCUCGUCGCAACCGACGUUGCUGCGCGUGGAUUAGAUAUUCCCGAAGUCAAGCUGGUGAUAAACGUUACUUUCCCUUUAACGAUUGAGGAUUAUGUUCACCGAAUCGGUCGUACCGGCCGGGCUGGUAACACCGGCGAGGCACACACCCUAUUUACAGUCCAGGACAAGGCACAUUCUGGCUCCCUGGUCAACAUUCUCAAGGGCGCCAAUCAGCCCGUUCCCGACGAGCUGCUCAAGUUCGGCACGACUGUCAAGAAGAAGACUCAUGACAUGUACGGGUCAUUCUUCAAGGAUGUAGACAUGACACAAAAGGCGACAAAAAUUACGUUUGACUAG